CUCGUACCUUAUUGUACACUGUUCUUGAGAUGUCGACAGAACCUCAAGUUCCUACCCACACGGACCGACCUCUAUCAGUGGCUUUGUCAGAUACUGCCACAGAAACCGAUGUCAGCCCAGCAUCUAACAACGUUGAUAAACUUGAUCCUGUUGAAAAAGUGGACGAAAUAUCAAUUGUAGAGACCUUAGAUAGAAAACUCGCAAAACAAAUUAAAAUCCAACGAAUCUUGAUUUUCCUCGGUCUACAGCUUGCUUUGUUCUUGGCAGCCUUGGAUGGAACUAUUGUAUCUACAGCAUUACCUCGAAUUGGAUCUGACUUUAACCAAAUGGCAAUUGUUUCUUGGGUUGCAACUGCCUAUAUCCUUACCUUUGAUGCCUUCCAGCCUCUCUUUUCCAAAUUCUCCGACAUCUUUGGUCGCAAAUGGAUCAUGAUAUUUGGAAUCGUUGUUUUCUUAAUUGGAUCAGUUCUUUGUGGUGCUGCCCAGAGUAUGAUUAUGUUAAUUGUUUCACGAGCAAUUGCGGGUAUUGGUGGUGCCGGAAUCUUCUCAAUGGUCUUUGUGAUUAUUACUGAUUUGGUACCUCUUGAGCAACGUGGAAGUUACCAAGGCCUCAUUAACGCAGUAUUCGCCCUUUCCAGUGUAUUUGGACCUCUCAUUGGUGGAAGUUUCACUGACUAUGUUACAUGGAGGUGGAACUUUUACAUCAACUUACCAAUUGGUGCUUUGGCUCUUGCUGUAUUGAUGUAUUAUCUGAAAUCAGACAUACCAAAAGGCAGCAUGUCUGACAAGCUUAAGCGCAUAGACUAUGUUGGCACAGUUAUUGUAUUGGCCUUUGCAACCCUGUUCUUGCUCGCAAUGAACUUUGGUGGGCAGACCUUUCCAUGGAAAUCAGCUGCUGUCAUCGUACCUCUUGUCUUAACUGCCAUUUUGGUUGGAUUAUUGGCAGUAGUUGAGAGUAAAUUCUCUAAAGAACCUUUGAUGCCUCCUCGUCUCUUCAAGAACAGAACUGUUCUUAGUAUUCUGAUUACCAACUGGUUUUUUGGCAUCACAUUCUACAGUAUGGUCUAUUAUCUCCCCAUCUACUUCCAAGUUGUACGUGCUGAUUCCGCAAUGUGGUCUGGUAUUCGCCUUAUUCCAAUGCAGAUGGUAGUUUGCGUUGGUGCAACCAUGGCUGGUGCUUUCAUUUCAAAAACAAACAUCUACAAACCUUUGAUUAUUGUUGGAAUGGCACUCUUGACCUUGUCUGUUGGUCUCUUGAGUCUGUUCGAUGAAAACACUGGAUUCUCAAAAAUCUAUGGUUUCACUGUUAUUGGUGGUGGAGGUCUUGGAUUACUUUUCUCUUCUACAAUCAUUGGUCUUCAGGCAUCUGUCGAAGCUCGUGAUAUCGCUGUUGUUACUGGCCUUGGCAAUUUCUCCAGAAUCCUCGGUGGAGCAUUGGGAGUCGCUAUAUCAUCUGCUGUCCUCAACUCUUCCCUCACACAAGAUCUCCCUGGAAAAAUCCCUCAAGAGUACGUAGGCUUAAUAAUUGCUUCUUCCGAAUACGUUCGACAUGGUCUUCCUGCUGAGCACCUUGCUGCCACACUCGGAGUGUAUGUGAAGGCUCUUCGUUUGAUUUGGUAUGUCACAACCCCGAUGUGCGGUGUUGGCUUUAUUGCCUCAAACUUUAUAAGAUCUCGUAAAGUUGGCGAGACCAAAGUAUUCGAAAAGACCAUGUCGCAAGAAAAUGCGUCGGCUAUACAAGAAGAUGGAAUUAUUACGGGUGCAUCCGCCGAGGACGUUAAAACUUCCCAAGAUACUGUUAUGAUUGAGGUGGCUGAUGCUGCUGCCUCAUCAGCUAUCGAAUCUACAACAUGCCGUCGCUAAUCUCUCUGUUAUAUUCGCAACGUUCGCCCAUUUAUUUAUCUUACACCCAUACUUGCAUACUUAAUCUACAUGUGCGGACUUGUGCCGAUGUCAUUUGAGAUCGCACAAGUUUGACAUUCUUCAUAUUAUCAUAUAUUAAUCCAUCUAUCUUUUGCAGAGAGCAUCUUAUUGUCUCUACAAUUCUUAGCAAUAGCAUAUCAUUCAUUCCUGCAAAACCAAGUUAGAAAUAAAACAGAAUUGUACAUAACCAUAAUAAAGCCAAAACAGUAAAUUAUAAUAUAUAUAUAUAUAUGUAAAAUUAAAAAUAAAGGCUAUAUUUGAUUUGAUUUGAUUUGAUUUUAAUUUUGAGUCACGGAUAUACCGCCAUUCAGGCUUCUGUUAUUUGUACAGUUUCUUAUAAUCGAACCAGAUCUAUACGUGUACGUUCCCACGUCUUUGUUUGACCAUCGAUAUUAUUGUUCAAUUCUGUAGCAGGGUGGAUCAGUAUACGUGCAUAGGUACCCGGUGUACGUCGCUUUGAUAAAUAUCCAGGGUUUAUAGCAAUCACAUCAUCAAUUUUUUUUGUGAAUUGUUUCAAUUGUGAUGGCAGAAUCAAGAAGUCUGGAGACUCGGAGAUUAGGAGGUCGGGGAAACGGCUUGAAUCAAUACUGUCAUGGAUUGCAGAUGGGAAAAGUGGAUAAAAGCUUCGUUGCUCCAGAACGUGUCGAGUUAAUCGACCGAGACGAUCCUGGUGGGGAAUGGUUCCAAAUAUUUCCUCUUUGCUCAUACUAAAGAGAAUGUCAAUGUUACCUAUCGCAAAUCGACUGCCAUUGAUUUCAAUUAAAGAAGGAUUGCUCAAAGUCUGGACAUUUCCUAAACCUAGUCCGUCUUUGUUCAAUUGGGGCUGGGGAAAAAGUGGAUAUUCGUGGAUUAGAUCAUCAGCGUGAGGCAUCAAUAGGAUUUGAGUAGAUGGAC